AUGAGGUGGGUGAAGGGAACUAGGCACUGGGAUUGUAUAUUUUUGUUUUUAAAAUACCAGUUGCUAAGGUAAGGAGAGGGAACAUUUUCUGAUGUUCUGGAGAAACUGAGUCUUAGGGAAGGAAAGUACUAUGCAAGUAAGCACGUGAAGCAAUGUUUUGAAAGCAUGGAACAAGUGAAUAAUCUUAGAUAAAUACAAGCACUAAGGCAGCUGAGUCUACAUCCUACUAUCUUUAUGUUACAUAAAGUUGUUUUUGAUGAAAAUCCUGGCUCCCUUUCACUGGUAUGUGAAUUUAUGGCCAUGAAUAUUUAUGAGCAGAUAAAAGGAAGGAGAAAGUCAUUGCCUGAAAAAAAAAGAAUCAGGAACAACAUGUACCAGAUAUGGAAGUCUCUAGAUUGCCAGAACACCCUGAAAUUAAGAGAUCUUGGAUCUUGUAGGAGUAUCUGUUCUCAUCAGGCACACAGUACUUCCCCACGCUGGUACUGAGCACCUGAAUGUUUGCUUACAAAUGGGCUCUAGAGUUACAAAAUUGGCAUGUGGAGUCCUGGCUGUGUUUUCUAUGAAAUCACAGGUUUCCAGCCUCUUUUUGGAUCUAAUGAGCUGGACCACAUUUCAAAAAUCCAUGAAGUGAUAGGCACUUCUGGUAACAAAACUCCAAAAGUUCAAGCAAAAGGAAAAGGAAAGCCUUCUCUUGUGCACAAAUUGCCUUUCAAAGGUUUCUAUUUCCUGUAUGCAAUGAUAAAAUAUGACCCCUGUGAGAGAACUGCUCCCCAUCAAACCUUAUAGCACCCUUAUUUUCAAGAACUCUGGCAAACAGACAAUACAUGAGCUUUAACCAUGUACAAAAAAUUAAGACUAGUAGAAAAUACAUCAGGGCAAAUACCUCAGUAUUUGUGGUAAAUUGCAAAGGCAAGUCCAAGACAGGAAAGUCCAGGAGAAAAACCAAAUCAACAACAUGGGCCUCCACUGGGAGAAUUACCAAAAUUAAAUUUUUCUGGAGCAGCCAAAUUGAUUUCCUGUCCUACUCCUACAUUGCAUGCCAUUUUCUGGGGACCUAAGGAAGAUGGUGGAACCCCUGUGUUCCAAUCUGUCAGAUUUAUUGGAUCAAAUAUUGAGUCUGAGAAACAGAAGGCACUUGAGUCUUCCCUGAAACAUUUCCAUUUGCCUGCUACAGAAGGAAUAGAAGUCAGGAAAAGGCUGGCUAUGCAGUGA